AUGGGAAAUUUUAACUCUUCAAAUGCAACCCAAGCUUCUCCUAUUGAUACUACUUUUAAGCUUCCUUCUCCAUUGCCUUCUUGGCCACCAGGUGAAGGAUUUGCAAGUGGAAAAAUUGAUCUUGGAGGACUUGAAGUUUGCCAAAUAACAUCUUUUAAGAAAAUAUGGUCUACUUCUGAAGAUGGAUCAAUAACAUUUUUUGAGCCAUCACCAAUACCAGAUGGAUUCUCCAUGCUUGGUUGCUACUGUCAAUCCAAUAACACCCAACUUUUCGGUUGGGUUCUUGCUGGUAAAGAUGUCUCUGGCGGAACUCUAGCCAAUCCAAUUGACUACACAUUGGUUUGGAAUAUUAAAGAUUCAUGUUACAUUUGGCUACCAACUCCACCAGAGGGUUAUAAAUCCGUAGGCUAUGCUAUCACCACCUCACAAGAAAAACCGUCUCUGGAUAAAAUUCGUUGUGUUCGGGUUGAUCUAACUGAUCAACCCGAAACGGAUACAUUAUUGUGGAGCUCAAGUGGUUUGAAUGUGUAUGGAUUAAGGCCAAAAGUUAGGGGGAGACUAGCUCAAGGAGUGUCUUUAGGUACAUUUAUAGUUGCCAAAGAUGGAGAUGAUUUAAGUGCAUUAUCUCUUUCUUGUUUGAAAAACAAUAAUUUCCAAAAUUUAACUUCUUCAAUGCCAAAUUUAGCCCAAAUUGAUGCACUAAUUCAAGAAUACUCACCAAGAUUCUAUUUUCACCCAAAAGAAACUCAUUUUAUUGCUUCAACAACUUGGUAUUUCACCAAUGGGGUUCAGUUGUACCACGCCGGAGAGGAAUCUAACCCUGUUUUGGUCGAACCCACCGGCUCAAACCUUCCUCAAGGUGGUUCAAACGAUGGGACAUACUGGCUAGACCUCCCAAUUGAUGAAACCGAGAAAGAAAGGGUCAAGAAAGGUGAUUUACAAAGCGCCGAGGUUUAUAUUCAUGUCAAACCAAUGUAUGGAGCCACAUUUACCGAUCUAGCUAUUUGGGUCUUCUAUCCUUUCAAUGCUCCUUCAACUGCUAAAUUCGGAUUAGUAGAUAUUCCCCUUGGCCGAAUUGGUGAACAUAUAGGAGAUUGGGAGCAUGUGACACUCAGGAUUUCCAAUUUUGAUGGAAGUUUAUAUCGUGUUUAUUUUGCACAACAUAGCACAGGGACGUGGGUAGACCCCACAUCCCUAGAGUUUCUAGAUGCAAGUAAUAAAUUUGCAGCAUAUCCAUCUUUAAAUGGGCAUGCAACAUAUCCGGCCGAGGGACUUGUGAUGCAAGGAACUGAUAUUAUAGGUAUAAGAAAUGAUACAGGUAAAAGUGACAAAUUUUUUAAUGUACAUGACAACUAUUUGGUCAUGGCAGCCGAGUACCUCACUAAUGUGAUCGAGCCUCCAUGGGUGAACUUCGCUAGAAAAUGGGGUCCAAAAAUAACGUAUGAAGUUGGAGUCGAGAUAGCGAAUUUGCAAAGUGUGUUGCCCGGAGUUAUGGGAACGGCAGUUGGGACUUUGGCAGACAUUUUACCAGGUGAAUUUUACAGCGAAGAUGGACCUACUGGACCUAAGGUGAAGGUUGAUUGGGAUGGAGAUGAAAGAUAAUUUUGGUUUUUGUUUCAAUAUAUGUAAUAAAAUGUUGGUUUUUGUUUGAUCAAAAGUAAAUAGUUGUUUCUUCCAUCUUAUAUGUGGUAUUGAUUUUAUUUUAUUGACGGAAUUCAAUGCGUGAUUUACUC